AUGUCCUGGUAUGGGGGAUGUUUGCUCAAGAUCACUGUUUGGAAUGAGGAAGUCCUAUUGGAGAAGGUGGAACUGAUCCUUGAAGCGUUCGAGUAUUUGCAACUGCCAAUCGCUCUCAAGCAAGAUGUCUUUAUAUGUGUGCAUCACAACGAAAUGACCAAGAGUGGAGCUCAGAUGUGGUUGAGAAGCGAGAGUUUGCUGGUGAGAAGGCUAAGCUUGCUGCUGCACAACUGGCUAAAUUGUCCAGGCGUGUGUCUUUGGUGA